AGUAGAAGCCGUGGCGUCGCCCCGUCUGCUGUACUCCUGUAGUUUGUGGGUAACCGGCGGCAGCAGAUAUGCCUCGCUUUGCUCAACUCGUGAUGGGGCCUGCAGGCAGUGGGAAGAGCACUUACUGUUCCACUAUGCAGCAGCACUGUGAGGUGUUGAAUCGAUCUGUGCAGGUGGUGAACCUUGAUCCUGCUGCAGAAUACUUUGACUAUCCUGUAUUAGCAGAUAUUCGGGAGCUCAUUCAAGUAGAUGACGUGAUGGAAGAUGAUUCCUUGAGGUUUGGCCCAAAUGGUGGGCUGAUUUUCUGUAUGGAAUACUUUGCCAACAACUUUGAUUGGCUGGCAGAUUGUCUAGGACAUGUGGAAGAUGACUAUAUACUAUUUGAUUGUCCAGGUCAGAUUGAGUUAUAUACUCACCUUCCAAUAAUGAAGCAGCUCGUGGAACAGUUGCAGCAAUGGGAGUUUCAUGUCUGUGGGGUAUUUCUUGUUGACUCUCAAUUUAUGGUGGAGUCAUUUAAGUUUGUAUCAGGUGUUAUGGCAGCACUCAGUGCUAUGGUGUCUCUGGAAAUUCCUCAGGUCAACAUCAUGACAAAAAUGGAUUUACUUAACAAAAAAGCAAAAAAAGAAAUUGAAAAGUAUUUAGACCCUGAUAUGUAUUCAUUGAUGCAAGACUCUACUGAGACUUGGAAAAGCAAGAAAUUCAAAAAGCUAACCAAAGCAAUUUGUGAAUUGGUUGAUGACUACAGCAUGGUUCGAUUUUUGCCUUUUGAUCGUUCAGAUGAAGAAUGUAUUAACAUAGUCUUGCAGCAUAUUGACUUUUCCAUUCAGUAUGGAGAGGAUUUUGAAGUCAAAGAACCAAAGGAACAAGACGACAACACUGAAGAUCCCAGUGCAAGUGAGCAGUUUUUCCAAGGUUCAGUCGCAGACUGAAGUUCCUAGACGUAGCUGAAUGUUUGGUCCAGUUAAACAUUUGGUAUUUUCAGAAGCCUUCUACUUGGAUUCCCCCAACGCUCUGCCUUUCCAAUAAUUUCUAAUAAGAGGCAAUUUAGGAAUCUUGUUUGGCAACUCAACUUAUUUGCACCAUAUCUUAUGGAGAAGAGCUCAAAUUCUUAAACUGAUUUUACACAUAUAAAGAAAAUAUUAUUGUUUGAGCUUGCUAAAUAAUUAUGUGCAGUUAACUUAAAACAAAACUUAAACUCCUGAGGAUACUUGUUCUAUUUAAGGUACAAAAAAGUUUUGUUGAUACUCAGCAAGAAUAUUGGGAACUUUUUUUUAAUUUCAGGUAGUAACUUUAAAGGCCUGCACUUUUAAAAAUAUUAUUUGUUGCAAACUGUGAGAAGGACAGAUUUCCACUUUCCUUAAAAUCAGAAAAUGUGCAACAAAGUAUGAGUUUUUCUUAAGAAUGUUAGAGUAGAUUAAUUUUGACAGCCCACAACAUGAAUAAUUAUCAGGAAUUUUACACUCUAUAGCAAGGAGCAGCACGGUGGCACAGUGGUUAGCACUGCUGCCUCACAGCGCCAGGGACCUGGGUUCAAUUCCCGCAUCAGGCGACUGACUGUGUGGAGUUUGCACGUUCUCCCUGUGUCUGCGUGGGUUUCCUCCGGGUGCUCCGGUUUCCUCCCACAGUCACAAAGAUGUGCAGGUCAGGUGAAUUGGCCAUGCUAAAUUGCCCGUAGUGUUAGGUAAGGGGUAAAUGUAGGGGUAUGGGUGGGUUGCGCUUCGGCAGGUCGGUGUGGACUUGUUGGGCCGAAGGGCCUGUUUCCACACUGUAAAGUAAUCUAAUCUAAUCUAUUAUUUUGGAAGUAAAGACAUUACUUCCAUCUGACAGGAACAGCUUAUAAAUAUGACUUUUAAAAAAAUAAUUCAUGGAAUAUGAACAUUGCUCAUUUGUUGCUCAUCUUUAAUUGCCAUGGGGAAGGUGGUAGUGAGCUGACUUCAUAAACCAUUUCAGUCCAUUGGGUUAGGGACAUGCUCAGUGCUGUUAGGAAGGGAGUUCGAAAUAUUGACGCAGUGGCAAUGAAGGAAUAGCAAUAUGCUUCCAAGUCACGUUUGGUGUUUGGCGUUAAGGGGUGCUUGCAGAUGAUGGUCUCCUAUGUGACUGCUGCCUUUGUCCUUCUGGGUGUUGAGGUUGCAGGUUUAAAAGAUGAUAUAUCAUAGCAGCUUUGAUGAAUUACUGCAAUACAUCUUGUAGAUGCUAGAUACUGCAUCCACAGUACAUGUAAGAUAGUAUGAGGUGCUAGUAAAGCAGGCUUUGUCCUUCAUAGAGGUUAACCACUUAGUUGUUGAAACUCAGUCAUUCAGGAAAGUGAAGAGUAUUCCAUCAUAUACCUGACUUGUUCCUUGCAAGUGGUGGAUAGCCUCCUGAGGAGUAAGGUGUUUGUUGAGUUUCCAAUCUCUGGCCUUUCGCCGUAACAGUAUUCAUGUAACUGGUCUAGUUAAGUUUGUGGUCAGUAGUGACCCCCAGAGUGUUGAUGUUGGGGGAUUCAGAGAUGGUAAUACUGUUUAAAGUCAAGAAAUGGUUGGAUUCUCUGUCGGUAAUAAUGGUUGUUGCCUGACACCUGUGUGAAUGUUUUGACUGUUAACAGCCCAAAUCUGAGUAUGGUUCAGUCAUCAGCAAAAAUCCUCCCUUGUAACUUGAUAAUAGAGGAAAACCUGGUUAUGAAGCAGUUAAGAAUUUGCAGGUCGAGGAUAAUACCCUGAGGAUUUUGUGUAUUGUGUGGCUGUAAACAAUCAUCAUCAUUUUCCUUUUGUGCCAGGGAUAAUUCAAGUCAGUUGUUUGAAUGGAUUUAAGUUUCUUUAAUGCUGUCCUCAUGGUGAUAUUUGGAGAACAUAGCUGUGCCAUGUAGUCCUGUACUCAUUACAAAAAUCACGUUCUUGCAGCUAGGUUCUUGAGCCACUUUUGUAGUAUAAAAUGAUCUGGCUUUACUCGAUGAUGUUCCAGAGAGUUAAAGACAGCUGAGAUAUGGUCUCCAUGUCUGUGCUCAUUCACAGGGAGUUGCCUCCGUCUUCAAGAAGAUGAACUAAUGCCCUGAAAUGGUCGUCUGGUUGGAAAUCUAUGAAAGCAUAUUCCAAGAUAUUUCCCACUUAAGUCUAUGCAACUACCUGGCAUUUGUCACUCAGUUAAUAGAGACCAACAUAAUGGGAUUUUAUUCCGUAAGUCGCAUACAAGAUAUCUGUUAAACUUCUAAAGCAAAAGCUAAACAAUGAACUCAGUCAAAAAUAAAUCCAAGCGGAUGAAGGUUGUGACUAUGUUUAUAGAAAGUUAAAAUAACUGCAGGCAUAUAUAUGUAUAUAUAUUUUUAUACAUAUAAAAGUUCCAGUUUAAGUUCAGACUUAAAAGUUGGCAUAAAACUAAUUUUAAACAGGCUAUCAAAAGAUAUGUAUCACUGGUGACUAAAUGUAGUUAAGGUAGAGAUCAGCAAUGACCAACUUAAUGUUGAAAAAGGCUGCAAGUGUUAGUUUAGCCUAUUUCUAUAUCUUCACACACAAUUCAGACAUUAUGCAAAUUAUUUUGGAUUUCAUGGAAAGAAAAGCUUAAUUUGCUGCUUCUGUUCACGCAACAGGUUUCAAAUGUAGCAUCGCCACCCCUUAGCACAUGCAUUUUGACAGUCAUCUAAAAGGAAGUAGUUUCUAUUUCACCUGUAAAAAUGUGGAAUAAAUUUGUUUUGUUACCACCUGAAACAAGUUUUACAAUUAGAAAGUUUACACUGCUUAUAUAAUAAGAGCCACCAUGUGAUCCAGUGGGAAUGUCCCUACCUCCUGUCUGAGGGGCCUGGAUUAGAGUCCCAUUUGCUCCGGAUGUGUGUAAUAACUUCUGAAUGUUCAAAAAAUGUGUUAAAGAAAAAGCUAAUUACUCCAUGUAGUUUCAUAUCUCAACCUGACGGAUGGGCACUUAAAUGUCUCUCAAUUUUGGCUGGAUUGUGGAAAGCAUUCUUUCCAUCCACACAGCUGUGUCUCCUGGGUUAUGAAAGUUCCAUGAAUUGCAAGUGCUUUCUUGACCAGUGAGCUGAGAUAUAUCUGGGAAAUAAAUGGGAAAGACAAUUAAGGUAGAAAGAGGGACUCCUUUUCAAUUGUUUUAAAAAAUCAAAAUACAAAUCUUUCUAUCUCAAACCUUGAUGUUAAAAUCUAAUAUUUUAGGUUUCUAGCUCUUACACAAAUACACAUGGGUCUGAUUUGUUAAAGUAUUGUAAUUUUCAUGAAAAAUACAGAUCACAUCUAUAAUUUAAGUAACUAAUUUGGAAUGAAGCUAAAUCUGUAAGACCUCAAUUUGAUGAAAUUCAGAGUCUGAAACUGAAUGUAAUCAGAUGCUGUUGAUACACUGAGGAGUUAAGGAUUAAUGAUCAAACUUCCUUUUAUAUUAGAGCAAUAGGCUUUCAAUAUAAACAGAAUGGCUUUGAAGUGCCAAGAGAGGAGAGCAUGAUUAGUCUCCUGCUUUGUGUGUCUGAGUGUAAAAUGUAAGAAAUGGUUAUACAAAGCAAUAAGUGAAAGUAAUGACGUCAACCACAAGUGAUUAAAGUUUAAUUUUGGUGGUUACUGCAAUAAACAUAGUUUGAAGAACUUAUUAAUUAUAGCAGUGUGAAAGAUAAUGAUUAUUAAAGCCAAUUGCCACUUUUUUAUUUAAAAGAAUCUAGAA